AUGCUGCGUUUCUUUCAAGUGCGUAUUACAGGUGACGCGUUAGGGGGCCUUCUUUCAAACAGUCUUGCUCUGGAGUGGCUGGAACUUAAUUCUUGUGACAAGUUAGAUUUCCUGAAGAUACCCUGCCAGCUUCAGCGGCUUAGCUACCUGAGGAUUUAUUUGUGCCGGAGGCUGUAUGUGAUAGAGAUCAAUGCUCCAAAUCUUCGCGUUUUCCAUUUGGAGGCAGAAAAGGUAACAGAGCUGUCACUUGGAGUAUCAGUGAAACUGAAGCUGUUAUACAUAAGCAGUCCAGACCUUGCGAGCUAUAUCCGUUUGGGGCUCCUCUCCAAUGUGCCAGAUCUUGAAAGUUUCAACCUCAAAUCAAUUUGCCAGAUUGCCAGUCCACUGAUGCUACCCGUCAGGUUCCUCCACCUCAAAGAAUUUAACCUUUCACUAACCGGACAGGGUGUCUCAGAAGCCUAUGAUUAUUUUUCUCUGGCUUCUUUGCUUGAUUCCUGUCCUUCCUUGAGGAAUAUAUUCUUAAAUGUAUCACAUAAAUGCGUGGGGCAUCAGACGAUGUCGGAAGACCCCACGCACACGAGGCAGAUGCCAGGACAGCAGCAGCAUGGCAAUCUCAAGAGCGUGACGAUCCUUGGUUUCUGUUAUGCAAAGAGCUUGGUCGAGCUAACAUGCUAUAUCGUCGAGAACGCUGCUGCGUCAUUGGAGAGUCUAACAUUGGACAUUCAUGGUACGCAUUUGGUCUCAGUAUAUGGUGCCAUACUCAAGCCCAUGUACGAUGGUAAGUUGGUGGAGGCUCCUCGAACUCUUUUGGCCAUCAGAACGUACAUCCAGCGGAGAAUCCCCUCGACGGUUAAGCUGAAUGUCCUGGAGCCAUGCGGUCCGUGCAGCAGUAGUGUUGGACAUUAG